CAUUACUGUGUCAAAAUCUCUUCAAAUUUAAUGGUUUUUCUGCUGCGUCAAGGCGGUUGUUUUAACUUCCUGAAGUAAUAGGAAGACCAGUUUAUAUUGGAAUCAUUCCCAAUGGCAGGUCUACGUCUACUUGACAAACUGCGAAAGCUCUGGGAAACUUUCCCCUCCAAAGCUGUGUUGAGUAAAACAGAUCGGAGGCAAAUGCAACAUGAAGCUGAUGUGCAUCGACUUUUCCUUGCUACAAGCUAUAAUCAUUUCAUCAAGACUGCCUGUGAAAAAGAGCCAGAGGAGAUAUGCGAUCUUGCAAGCAGAAUCUCAUUUCAAGAUCAACAGAAGCAAGUGCAAGAAUAUAUACAUGUUCAAAUUCAGGCCAUCUGCCAAGCUAUGGAUGAUAUGUUGAUUUGGGAUGAGCAAAUGGAAAAACCAAAAACUGCCAGCACACCGAUGAAACAGAAUGCUCGUCGCAGCGGCCUUAGUUUUGCAGUAGGUGCAACUGCAAACAGGACAUAUCCAGAUAUGACUGCUGUUGCUGCUACUAGGUCUAUGAAAAAUGUGGAAUUGUCUAGUGCUUUGAAGGAGCGCAUUGGAUACACUCUUGAGUUGAAACCAUCACAAGUAUGCCAUGAGAAAGGAGGCCAAGGGCUAUAUUUGAGCGGAAAAGCUGGGAUUGGAGCUGUUGUCUCAUUUUACCCUGGUGUGAUAUAUUCCCCAUCUAAUUACCGCUACAUCCCAGGAUACCCACGAGUUGAUGCUGGAAAUCCCUAUUUGAUUUCAAGGUAUGAUGGAAUAGUUAUAGAUGCCCAACCUUGGGGAACAGGAGGUGAAACCCGUGAAUUCUGGAAUGGCAUUUUUGAUAGGAGCACAACAGAAUUCUCUAGGAGUAGUCAAAGAAAUAAGGCAGAUGUUUUGUGGCAAACACUAAGCAAGCCAAAGCAGAACAUGUCGCUAACAAAAGGUGCUGUUGUGGAGAGAAGAAACCCCCUUGCUUUAGGACAUUUUGCUAAUCAUCCAGAUAAGGGAAUGCAACCAAAUGUGAUGAUUUGUCCAUAUAAUUUUCCUUUAUCAGACACAAGAAUGAGAACCUACAUUCCUAAUUUACUGUUUGGCAGUGAAGAGGAAGUGAUAAUGGAAAGAUAUGGUUCGUUCUGGUUAAAAUCGACAUCUGCAGAUGAUAUUAAUGUGUCGGUUCCUCCAGCAAUACGUACACUUGUCCUUGUGGCAACAAGGCCAAUAUGUGAUGAAGAAAUAUUUUUAAAUUAUAGAUUGAGUAACCCUAAAAGGAGGCCUGAUUGGUAUCAUCCAGUUGAUGAGGAAGAAGAUCGACGGAGAUGGAGUUGACUUUAUUCAUUACAGGAAAAUAAAUUGAGAUCAUCUAUUAUUUUUCAUGCAUUUAUCAAAAUUUCUGAACAUCUUGUUAUAAGAAAGGUCUAGUUAUGCCAAUAGCAAUCUCCAUUGGAUUGUUUGAUGAGAUAGUCUAGAAGGCAUCUUGCUUGAAUUUAGCUUUGGCAUAAACAUUCUCAAUUGAAACCUUUGACAGAUGAGUUCUGGCUUCGUAAAAUUUGUGAUUUCUCAGCCAUGUUGAACCUGA